AUGACCUCUCUCGUUGCUUCCAACGCAAGUACGUUGAAUUUCUCCGGCCAGUGUAGGGCGCUGUGCCAGAAUAUGAACUAACAAGCCAUGAUUCUAGCUACCUGCAAGUUAUUCUCCCGCUCACGGCCUGCGGGCUCUCUCUAGUUCUCAUCGUGCUUCGCGUUGCAUACGGUUAUCUAUUUUCUCGCAGAGGGGUUUCAUACAAGAUCUUGGUGAAUAACGAAGAAGAUGAGGAUACGGCAACCACGGCUAUCGGGGACGAUGAGGAAGGGGAAACAGAUCCAAUGCUGAGUAAAGCAACGCAAAGCGAGGUGCCUCACUUCGAAGUGGAUCGCCCACGGGGCGAGAUUGCCAUUCUAUCUCUGGAAAUCCUCGCGCUUGCGGGAGAAGUGGCCGUCUUUGUGGCUGUUCUAUCUACAGAUGCUUGGGGUCGUCAGGGCUCUCUCCCGGCCAUUGCGAAGCUAGUUUCAUGGUCCUAUAUAUUAUUCCUGGCAUUGGUCCGGCUGCUCCUAUCGACGCUGGACCUCCACUCUUCUCCUCGGCUCUGGAACCAUACUGCGGCUUUGUAUGGGCUGCAAUGGCUGUUUACCGUCUUCAUUUUCCGAUCUGCCGUCAUCCACCCACUUUCCAAGCGCGCCUUGACCUUCAGUUCGAUUGAAUUCGCCUUGUCGACUCUCCUUUUGCUGGUUGCAGUGACCACCCGCAGAGGGAACAAGUCUGUCCUCGUUUCGCAUGAGGACGGCCUGGAGCCCGCGAGACAUCCCACGGCCAGCUUGCUCUCGCUUGCUACCUUCGGAUGGCUGGACCCCUUGAUCCUCAAGGGCUACAGACAGCCCCUGGAACUCGACGAUGUCUGGGACUUGACUGCGUCUCAAAAAGCCGCCACGGUGCUGGAGGACUUCCGACGCAGGCACUAUCAAGGUGCUCUCUGGUGGAAGUUGGCCCGUUACUUCUACGGUACGCUUCUUUACCAGGGCGCCUGGACGAUCUUCUCAAACUGCUUCACGUAUCUGCCCACUAUCUUGCUUAGAGCGAUCCUUCAGUAUGUCGAGGAUCCACGAUCGACCACAGCAAAUGCAGCCUGGCUAUACGCCAUUCUUCUGUUCUGCUCCGGAGCCAUUCAAGGUAUUGCUGACGGACAAGCCCUUUGGAUUGGACGCAAACUCGGCGUCAAAGUCCGUGCCAUCAUCAUUGGCGAGAUCUACGCCAAGGCUCUGCGGAGAAAGGCUGGCUCAACUGUCGAAACCGCCCCUAAGAAGGCUUCUGAGGUGGAUGACGACAAGAAAAAGAAGGGUGGCCUGUUCUCCUUUGGUCGCAAGAACAAGAAGAAGGCGACUGCCGACCCUGAAACGAACGGCACCACAGCGAAAAAUUCCAAGGAAGCUGAUGAAAAACAAUUGGCUAACGUUGGUACUAUCAUCAACCUGAUGGCCAUUGACUCUUUCAAGGUUAGCGAAGUUGGCGCCUACCUGCACUUCCUCUGGGCCAGUGUGCCUACUCAGAUUAUCAUCGCUGUCACCCUUCUCUAUCGUCUACUGGGCCUGAGCUCCUUUGCUGGAAUCGUGAUCAUGGUGCUCAUGCUACCUGUGAACCUCAUCAUUGCCAAGCAGUUCUCAAAGGUUCAGAAACAGAUUCUGAAGGGAACCGAUGCUCGUAUCCACAGCACAAAUGAGAUUCUGCAAAACAUUCGGAUCAUCAAAUAUUUUGCGUGGGAGCAGCGUUUCCAGGAUAUUGUCAACGAAAAGCGCAAGACCGAAUUGAAGGCUCUCCGAUUCCGUUACAUCAUCUGGUCUUCAGCAGCUACCGUCUGGUACGGCACGCCAAUCCUGAUCACAUUUGCCUCGUUCUUCUUGUACACGGUGGUGGAAAAGAAACAAUUGACACCUUCAAUCGCGUUCCCCGCAUUGUCCAUGUUUUCUCUGCUGCGUGUGCCUUUGGAUCAGCUAGCAGAUAUGGUGGCACACGUGCAGGAAUCCAAAGUCUCGCUCGAUCGUGUGGAUGAAUACCUCAAUGAGGACGAGACUGAGAAGUAUCGUCUGCUUGAUCACGAGGAAUCGCCUGGGGAGCCAGCUAAGAUCGCACUGGAGAAGGCCACUCUCAGUUGGGGUGCCUCCAAGACGGGAUAUUCCGAUGACCCAUCGGACGACGCCAAGGACAAUUUCCGCCUGAUCAACAUGGAUGUGUCGUUCAAGGUCGGCAAGCUGAAUGUUAUCACCGGCGCUACUGGGUCUGGAAAGACGUCUUUGCUUAUGGCCUUGUUGGGUGAGAUGAAACUUCUGGAAGGAAGGGUCUAUCUCCCUGGCGGCACUGCGAAUCGCGCGGAACUUCCUGUGGAUCCGCAGACGGGUCUCAUCGAGAGUGUUGCGUACUGCGCACAGGAAGCCUGGCUUGUGAACGCUACCGUAAAGGAUAACAUUGUGUUUGCAUCUCCGUUCGACCAACGCCGGUACAAUGCUGUGAUCAAGGCAUGUGCUUUGGAGAGAGAUCUCCAGAUUCUCGACGCUGGUGAUCAGACUCUCGUGGGCGAAAAGGGCAUCAGCUUGUCAGGCGGUCAGAAGCAGCGGAUCUCCCUCGCCCGUGCGGUCUACAGCAGAGCUCGCCAUUUGCUCUUGGAUGAUUGUUUGAGUGCCGUAGACUCGCACACCGCCAAGCAUAUCUUCCGUCAGGCUCUGACUGGCCCUCUUAUGAUGAACCGAUCCUGCAUUCUUGUGACGCACAACGUUGCUCUCACGGUCCCUCAAGCAGAUUAUGUGCUUGUCCUCAACAACGGCAAGAUCGCAGCACAGGGCCCUCCGGAUGAGGUGGCUGCCUCGGGGGCCUUGGGUGAUGAGCUCCUCAAAUCUCGACCGACAUCCAGGGCAAGCACUCCGCGCCUUUCUCGCAGACCCUCUGAUGCCGAGGAACAACAAGACGAUAACCACGCGAAUGGCUCGGCAGUCAAUGGCACCACCGCGAAGAUCUCAGAAGGGAAAGACGACCCGUCCAAACUCAAUGAGUCUAAAACGACGGGCAGCAUCAAAUGGUCGACGAUUAAGAUGUAUCUGCUUUCAAUGGGCUCUUGGUCCUACUGGCUUGUCGCUGUUCUAGUGUUCUGUCUGCAACAGUUAGGAUCGGUCUCUACCAACAUCUGGAUCAGGCAAUGGGCGAACUCGUAUCAGACCCAGGGCGCUGGACAGGAGGAUGCUGGCGAUUAUGCGGCGGUGGCCAAUCUCAAAAUGCCCUCGUUCAAUGCUGGCGGUGUUCCCCGUACCUCGGUUUUCAGCGCACCCCAAUUCAGCACCCGCAAGAAUGACGGGGUUGACAACGAUGUGAACAUCACGUACUACCUUGGUGUUUACGCGCUGUUGGGUCUUUCCUUCGUCCUGAUCUCCCUGCUCAGAGAAGCCGUCCUUUUCUGGGGCUCUCUGCAUGCUUCGUUCACCAUCCAUCAACGUCUCUUGAGGUCCGUGAUUCAUGCUAAGUUCAAGUUCUUUGACUCGACUCCUCUCGGCCAAUUGAUGAACCGCUUCUCCAAGGAUGUCGAGGCCGUUGACCAGGAAGUUGCUCCUGUCGCCAUUGGCAUGCUUCACAGUCUCGCGUCUGUCAUCAUGAUCGUGAUACUGAUCUCGGUCAUCACCCCCGGAUUCUUGAUUGCUGGUAUCUUCAUCACGCUGAUCUAUGUCGCUCUUGGUGCUGUCUACGUGAACUCUUCUCGGGACUUGAAAAGACUGGAAUCUGUACAGAGAAGCCCGCUGUAUCAGCAAUUUGGCGAGACCUUGAAUGGUAUUGUGACCAUCCGUGCCUAUGGUGACGGACCGCGAUUCAUUGUUGAUAACCAUCGUCGGAUCAAUGCCUACAACCGUCCUCAUAUCUAUCUCUGGGCUAGCAACCGCUGGCUUGCCUUGCGUGUUGACGUCACUGGAGCUCUGGUCUCUUUCUUCACUGCUAUCUUCGUCCUUGCGAAUGUCGGGAAGGUUGAUGCCGGUGCUGCUGGACUUUCUUUGACAUAUGCGGUGACGUUCACCGACAACGUUCUUUGGCUCGUCCGGCUGUAUUCUGAAGUCCAACAGAACAUGAACUCGGUGGAGCGAGUCAAGGAGUACCUCGAUGUGGAACAAGAGGCUGAUGCUGUCAUUGCCGACUCCAGACCGCCGGCUCAGUGGCCCAGUGGCGGCUCGGUUGAGUUUGCCAACUAUACCACGCGGUACCGGUCUGACUUGGAUCCUGUUCUCCGGAAUGUUUCGUUCACGGUACAGCCUGGCGAGAAGGUGGGCAUUGUCGGUCGUACGGGUGCUGGAAAGAGCUCUCUUGCCCUUGCGCUGUUCCGCGGUCUUGAAGCCGAGAAAGGACGCAUCGUCAUCGACAACGUGGACAUCAGCAAGAUUGGUCUCCGCGACUUGCGUGAAGCGAUCACUAUCGUUCCUCAAGACCCUACUCUCUUCACGGGCACCAUCCGGACCAACCUCGAUCCCUUCAAUCUCUUCACCGACGAACAGAUCUUCACCGCCCUCCGGCGCGUCCAUUUGAUCGGCCCAGGAACCUCGGGCACUGCUACACCCACAACGACUAGCACUGUUGCGGAGCCCAGUGCAAAUGGUGUCACCAGCAGUACUGUCCUAGACAACAAGAACAUCUUCCUGAACCUGGAGACUGCCGUUUCCGAGUCCGGGUCCAACUUGUCUCAAGGCCAACGCCAGCUUCUAUGCCUUGCUCGUGCCCUCCUCAAGAACCCGAAGGUACUGAUGAUGGACGAGGCCACCGCGUCGAUUGAUUACAAUACCGACUCGAAGAUCCAGGAGACGCUACGCGAGCUCCGGGAGAGCACGAUCAUCACGAUCGCCCACCGCUUGCAAACCAUCAUUGACUACGACAAAGUGCUGGUGCUUGACCAUGGUCAGGUCAUAGAGUUCGAGCACCCGUGGACGCUGAUCAACCGCGAGGAUGGUCUCUUCCGCAGCAUGUGUGAGAACAGUGGAAAUAUGGAUGGUCUUCUGGAGGGUGCCAAGAGGGCCUGGGAGAGUAGGAGUGGGGACACCUCGACAUAGACUGCAUAUUAUUGAAUCAUGAGUCAUUUGCCGGGGAUGAUCAACAUUUUUCAUCACAUACAUACCACUGUUGUUCUUUUCAUUGUGAAUUUUUCCUGUGCACUGGGG